AUGGCGGACGUACAGUUGGAUUCGGGCGUCCUCGCGGUCGACGUACACAAUUUACAAUACCAGUUUGCGGCGGGGGCCGCGCAGGCGCUCGAGGGGUGCACACUGCAGCUUCCUCCGGGCGCACGGUGCUUGUUGAUUGGUGCCAAUGGCGCAGGAAAAAGCACCCUGCUGCGCCUGCUCGCCGGCAAGCGCCUGUGCAAUGCCAACAUCAAGGUGUUUGGCAAGGAUGUGUUUCACUCGCCGCCGCGAGGCAUUACCUAUCUGGGCACCGAGUGGGCGAUGAAUCCGGUGGUGCGCAGCGACAUUACCGUCGAGCACUUUCUCAACUCGGUCGGCGGAUUCCGCUACAGCGAGCGCCGCGAUCGUCUGCUGGAUUUGCUUGAUGUGGAUCUCUCGUGGAGGAUGCAUGCGAUCAGCGAUGGCGAGCGCCGACGUGUGCAGCUGUGCAUGGGCCUGAUGGAGCCGUGGCGUUUGCUGCUGCUCGACGAAGUCACGGUCGACCUCGACGUCCAGGUGCGCUGCGACCUGCUCGACUUUUUGAAGGAAGAGAGCAUCGAGCGCGGUGCGACGAUCGUCUAUGCAACGCACAUCUUCGACGGCAUCCACCAUUUCCCUACCAACUUGGUGCACUUGCAGCUGGGCCGCACGACGACCGACCUCCCGCUGCCGUGGCCCAUCCGCUUGGACUCGACGCUUCCGGACCAGCUGCAAGCAUCGCUGCCCGCGCCGCUGCGCGAGGCGAUGCACGCAGAUGCCGCAAACGCGUCCGAAGUCUCGCUGCUCGACCUUGCGCUGGCGUGGCUGCGCGAGGACCGCGUCCUCCGCGAAAAACAAGAGUCCGCUCGCGGAAUCAAGCGUGGGCGCGCGACGCGCGGCCCUGGCGAGGAAACAACCGACGCCAAAAAGUUCUUUAGCCAGUACGACUACUUUAAGCACUACACGUAG